GUCCAUGUAGAAUCAAGUUAAUUUAAAAACGAAGAAAGAGAGUUAAUGGACAACAUCAAAUCAAAUAUUUCUUCGCAAAUAUCCUUCUUCAUUAGUUUAAUUCUGUGCAACUAGUCAUGUCACAAUCGCAACAAAACACGGCUGUAAAUCAAUUUUUGGAUUUGGUAAAUUCGUCGAACAAAAAUCCGCAACGAGCACCUGUUACGUCAGCGGUUGCCUUAAAAUUCCUCUUUGCCCGAAAAUUCGAUGUGAAUCGUGCUGUGCAGCUUUUCGAGCAACAUGAAUUGACGCGUUUGCGGGAAGGAUUGUACAAUAUUAAUCCCAUGACGACUGAUUUGCUCACGGAACUACAAACUGGAAAAUUUACCAUUUUGCCUGAACGCGAUGCAAGCGGCGCAGCAAUUGCCUUAUUCACCGCAAAUUUACAUAACCCCGAAGGAGUUUCGCACAAGUGUACAUUACAGGGCAUCGUUUAUCAACUCGACGCCGCCUUACUCGACAUUCAAACGCAAAAAGCUGGUCUCGUUUUCAUCUACGACAUGAGUCAGUCACGUUAUUCCAAUUUCGACUACGAAUUGUCGCACAAAAUUUUGACGCUGCUAAAGGGACAAUAUCCAGCGAGAUUACGUAAAGUGCUGAUUGUUACAGCGCCAUUGUGGUUCAAAGCGCCUUUCAAAAUCCUGCGACUUUUUGUCAAAGAGAAACUUCGAGAUCGGGUGUUUACUGUUUCCGUUCCGCAACUGAGUUUGCAUCUUCCGCGUUCUUCGUUGCCGCGACGAUUAGGAGGAACACUGGAUUUUGAUCAUUCUACAUGGUUGCUUCAUUGCUACAAAUCUAUGACGAAUCGUGAGGAUGAGAUCUUAGCCAACAUCAGUCACUGUCAGAGUGGCGAUGGCGGCGAAAUGCACGCGAACAGCACAAAUGCCACGUCGCAAGAAAUUGAUAAUCAAAAUAUAGAUUUUGGCAGUGAUAGUUUGUUAGUAGAUAACACGGCGAGCGGCACCUCGACGACAGCAAAAACGGAUGAUUCAACGACAAAAUCGCCAACGACGACGACGGAAAGUCAACAGGAAAUGUCGAAAUCAGAGACGAAUCAAAACACAGAGGAACCCGAAGAAUCUGCCGUUAAUGAUUGGACCGAAAAUUCCCCGAGCAGUGCGUCAUCCGGAUUUAGUGACGACGAUAGUUUAGCGGGUGUCGAGAGCAGCGGCGAUUACAAAACUAUCGAACAAAUUGUCGAAAUGGUCAAAGGAUUGACGAAACAAGGUCUGAUAAAGGAAUAUGCGGAAAUUCGGGCAAGACCGCCGGAUGGCACAUUCACGCAGGCACGUCAUAGAAAUAAUUUGGCAAAGAAUCGCUACACAGACGUUCUUUGUUACGAUCACAGUAGAGUUAUCUUGUCGCAAGUAGAUGACGACCCAAAUUCCGACUACAUCAAUGCGAAUUUCGUAGACGGUUACAAACAGAAAAAUGCUUACAUCUCGACGCAAGGUCCCCUUCCGAAGACAUCCGGAGACUUUUGGCGCAUGGUAUGGGAGCAACACUGCUUGGUUAUUGUGAUGACGACGCGCGUUAUGGAACGAAGUCGCGUCAAAUGCGGGCAAUAUUGGGAGCCAACGGAAGGCGGGCAAAUUGAAUUUGGAAAUUUUGUCAUUACGACAAACACAAUUGACACAAAUGACGAUUAUACCGUAGCUUCAUUAGAGAUAAAGAAUACCAAGACUGACGAAACGCGACACGUAUCACAUUGGCAAUUCACGAGUUGGCCCGAUUACGGGGUACCCGCAUCAGCAAUGGCAAUGCUCAAUUUUCUGCAGCAAGUGCGCGAACAGCAGGCGUUAAUGGUAAAAGCGCUCGGCGAUACGUGGGCAGGACAUCAUCGAGGACCUCCGAUUAUCGUGCAUUGUAGUGCGGGAAUUGGAAGAACAGGCACCUUCAUUACUCUUGACAUUUGCAUAUCGCGUCUCGAGGAUGUCGGCACAGCAGAUGUCAAAGGCACCGUCGAACGAAUCAGAUCUCAACGUGCAUACUCCAUUCAAAUGCCCGACCAAUAUGUGUUUUGUCACUUGGCGCUCAUCGAGUACGCCAUCAUGCGCAAAAUGCUGCAAUCCAUCGAUCUAACUGGCUUCAAUGACGGCGACGAGGAUUCCGAAUAAACUUAGAACCAGAAUGUUGAAUGUAGAUAAAAUUCCUGUCUCUGCAAAAAAAAUGAAAAGCUUGUUUUUUCCAAUAAACUCAAAAAAAGUUAUUUAAGACGAAAAAAAUAAAACGUGUGAACCGAAAAUAAACGAAUUUCAGUCCAGCCAAGCACAUUUUAAACAAAAAAAAAACUCAAAAUUCUAAAAUAGAAGUUCUAUUACUACUCGUAGGAAGUUAAGAUGCAAGAAACAAGCUUAAGUCAAAUUUUAACAAUCACAAUAAUUAAAAAUUAAAGAAACAUAGAAAAACUCUCUAUUAAGGUUAACAAACAAAAAAACAAUUGAAAAUGGACCUAAAUCGAUAUUUUUUUCACAAAUUUUACAAAUUUAGGUCGAAAUCAGUAUUAAAAAAAAGUUUUUUCU